GCAGAGCAGUGCUCCAGAGCAGGGCUGCUUCUCCUCUGGGCCUUUGCAGAAGGAAGGAUCCAGAGGCACAUUUCUGACCUGCUCCAGGUCACCGGUCCCUGACCAGGCGUCGCACCACCGGGCCCAGAGGCUUCCCGAGCCCGCCAGGAUGGAGAAGGGCAGAAAGCGUCCCAGGGACCACUGUGGCCACUCCACGCGUGUGCGCCACCGUCAGCCCCCUGUGGCCCCCGCGGGCUCCGGGGCUAGCGACACCCACGCCCUCCCGGGACACCGACCUGAGGAACUGAAGGAAGCCUCUGAACCCCAAGGCCAAGGCCAAGGCCCCAGCAGGCGCCUACAGGGCUCCAACCUCCAGGCAGGUGCGAGCAAAGAGUCCCCGUCUUCUCGGCCUGCAGCCCGAAGGCCAAGGCUGAAGGGACAAGCCGCCAAGGAGGAGAAGGAGGGGCAGUGGGUGCCCAAAGGGGACCCCGAGGAGGCCCUGAAGGUGCGAGUGCUGCUGGCUUCUUUUUCCGAGGAGCAGCUGACCCGGUACGAAGUGUACCGCAGGUCCGCCUUCCCCAGGGCAGCCUUGAAGCGUGUGGUCCAGAGCGCGGCGGGCGGCGCCCCGGUGGAGCACAAUGCGCUCAUCGCCAUGGCCGGGGCCCUGAAGGUGCGAGUGCUGCUGGCUUCUUUUUCCGAGGAGCAGCUGACCCGGUACGAAGUGUACCGCAGGUCCGCCUUCCCCAGGGCAGCCUUGAAGCGUGUGGUCCAGAGCGCGGCGGGCGGCGCCCCGGUGGAGCACAAUGCGCUCAUCGCCAUGGCCGGGGCCCUGAAGGUGCGAGUGCUGCUGGCUUCUUUUUCCGAGGAGCAGCUGACCCGGUACGAAGUGUACCGCAGGUCCGCCUUCCCCAGGGCAGCCUUGAAGCGUGUGGUCCAGAGCGCGGCGGGCGGCGCCCCGGUGGAGCACAAUGCGCUCAUCGCCAUGGCCGGGGCCCUGAAGGUGCGAGUGCUGCUGGCUUCUUUUUCCGAGGAGCAGCUGACCCGGUACGAAGUGUACCGCAGGUCCGCCUUCCCCAGGGCAGCCUUGAAGCGUGUGGUCCAGAGCGCGGCGGGCGGCGCCCCGGUGGAGCACAAUGCGCUCAUCGCCAUGGCCGGGGCCCUGAAGGUGCGAGUGCUGCUGGCUUCUUUUUCCGAGGAGCAGCUGACCCGGUACGAAGUGUACCGCAGGUCCGCCUUCCCCAGGGCAGCCUUGAAGCGUGUGGUCCAGAGCGCGGCGGGCGGCGCCCCGGUGGAGCACAAUGCGCUCAUCGCCAUGGCCGGGGCCCUGAAGGUGCGAGUGCUGCUGGCUUCUUUUUCCGAGGAGCAGCUGACCCGGUACGAAGUGUACCGCAGGUCCGCCUUCCCCAGGGCAGCCUUGAAGCGUGUGGUCCAGAGCGCGGCGGGCGGCGCCCCGGUGGAGCACAAUGCGCUCAUCGCCAUGGCCGGGGCCCUGAAGGUGCGAGUGCUGCUGGCUUCUUUUUCCGAGGAGCAGCUGACCCGGUACGAAGUGUACCGCAGGUCCGCCUUCCCCAGGGCAGCCUUGAAGCGUGUGGUCCAGAGCGCGGCGGGCGGCGCCCCGGUGGAGCACAAUGCGCUCAUCGCCAUGGCCGGGGCCCUGAAGGUGCGAGUGCUGCUGGCUUCUUUUUCCGAGGAGCAGCUGACCCGGUACGAAGUGUACCGCAGGUCCGCCUUCCCCAGGGCAGCCUUGAAGCGUGUGGUCCAGAGCGCGGCGGGCGGCGCCCCGGUGGAGCACAAUGCGCUCAUCGCCAUGGCCGGGGCCCUGAAGGUGCGAGUGCUGCUGGCUUCUUUUUCCGAGGAGCAGCUGACCCGGUACGAAGUGUACCGCAGGUCCGCCUUCCCCAGGGCAGCCUUGAAGCGUGUGGUCCAGAGCGCGGCGGGCGGCGCCCCGGUGGAGCACAAUGCGCUCAUCGCCAUGGCCGGGGCCCUGAAGGUGCGAGUGCUGCUGGCUUCUUUUUCCGAGGAGCAGCUGACCCGGUACGAAGUGUACCGCAGGUCCGCCUUCCCCAGGGCAGCCUUGAAGCGUGUGGUCCAGAGCGCGGCGGGCGGCGCCCCGGUGGAGCACAAUGCGCUCAUCGCCAUGGCCGGGGCCCUGAAGGUGCGAGUGCUGCUGGCUUCUUUUUCCGAGGAGCAGCUGACCCGGUACGAAGUGUACCGCAGGUCCGCCUUCCCCAGGGCAGCCUUGAAGCGUGUGGUCCAGAGCGCGGCGGGCGGCGCCCCGGUGGAGCACAAUGCGCUCAUCGCCAUGGCCGGGGCCCUGAAGGUGCGAGUGCUGCUGGCUUCUUUUUCCGAGGAGCAGCUGACCCGGUACGAAGUGUACCGCAGGUCCGCCUUCCCCAGGGCAGCCUUGAAGCGUGUGGUCCAGAGCGCGGCGGGCGGCGCCCCGGUGGAGCACAAUGCGCUCAUCGCCAUGGCCGGGGCCCUGAAGGUGCGAGUGCUGCUGGCUUCUUUUUCCGAGGAGCAGCUGACCCGGUACGAAGUGUACCGCAGGUCCGCCUUCCCCAGGGCAGCCUUGAAGCGUGUGGUCCAGAGCGCGGCGGGCGGCGCCCCGGUGGAGCACAAUGCGCUCAUCGCCAUGGCCGGGGCCCUGAAGGUGCGAGUGCUGCUGGCUUCUUUUUCCGAGGAGCAGCUGACCCGGUACGAAGUGUACCGCAGGUCCGCCUUCCCCAGGGCAGCCUUGAAGCGUGUGGUCCAGAGCGCGGCGGGCGGCGCCCCGGUGGAGCACAAUGCGCUCAUCGCCAUGGCCGGGGUGGCCAAGGUCUUCGUCGGGGAGGUGGUGGAAGAGGCCCUGGACGUGUGCGAGAGCUGGGGGGAAAGGCCCCCCCUGCAGCCCAAGCAUCUCCGGGAGGCCGUGCGCAGGUUGAGCGCCAAGGGCAGAGUGCCCCGCGUCAAGCCCAGAAACGCCUUGUUCCCCUAGGCCGGAUGCCGGGGCCCAGCCUGGGUGCGCUGCAGCCCCUCCAUCUCCGUCCCUCCUUCCGCGGAUGGACCUUCCUCCCUGGACGGAUCACCUUCUCCUCCAAACUCCCCAGGCUGGGCCCCCACUCUUUGAAGGCACGCUGGCUGCCUGCCAGGUCCCUCCAGGCUGACUGGGGUCACCUCCUAGGGAAGGGGGGCGGGCACCUGGAGGCAGGGAACUCUCUGGCUAGGUGAGCCCAGCCUGGUCAACAAGGGUGCCUGCCAGGAAGGGUCCCGGCACCCACGGGGGCAACAGCGGCUGGCAAAGAGGACACAGCCUCCCUCCCGAGGUGGCGCCAUGCUCUCCCAGGGAACCCGCGAGCCAGAGGAGGCUGGGACUUGGGCGGCUUCUUCCCUUUGCUCCCGGGGACAUGAGAUCACCCGAACCUUCUCAGGGCUCACCCUCUGCCCUGAAGGAUGUGCGCAGAGCAGAAGUGAGCACCUCUGUGCUUGGGAGCCCUGACCUUAAAUCCGUGUUGUUGUUGUUUUCUU